GACCGCGAGGCAGGGAGGGGGUGUCGCGGGUCGGGCGAAUUAGUAAUGUUAUCUGCUUGAUUCGCAGCGGAGUUGUGCGAGCCGUGCGAGCCGGUGACCCAGCAGACCACACCGCACAAUGCUGCGGGUCGUGCGCUGCUUGCGCUCCGCUGCUCGAAGCGCUCGCGCGCGGCCGCUGGGCGCGUCGUACGGCGUCGCGGCGGUCAAUCUGGGCUGCGCAAAGAGAUUCCGCGCCAGCGCCGCGGACGCCGCACGAAACGCGGCGGACGUGCGCGACCUGCUGCGGACGCGGCUCUCGUUGACCGAUGCGGAGGUGGACCGGAUGGUGCGGCAUCGGCCCCUGGGCGCCCUCGCGACCGUGGCGCCGAAGCUCGUCUGGCCGCAGCGACGCCUCGGUCUGGACGAGGCGCAGCUGAAGAAGGUCGUGUUGUUGAAUCCAUCGCUGCUAAGCAAAAGCAUCGAGGACAACCUGGCGCCAACGCUCGACUGGUUGCAGGCGCGUCUCGACCUGGAUGACGAGCAGCUGAGGAAGAUGAUUGUGGCGCUUCCGGCACUGCUGGGCUAUAGCGUCGAGGACAACGUGGAGCCGAAGCUUCAGUGGUUACAGCGGCGCCUCGAUCUGGACGAGGCGCAGUUGAGAAAGAUAGUGCGUUUGGAUCCGUCUCUGCUUAACAAAAGCGUCGAGGAAAACUUGGAGCCGAAGCUCUACUUCUUCGAGCGGGAGCUACUACACGGCUCGCGCGCAGAGCUGCGCGAUUGGGUGGUGAAAAAAUCACCCUGUCUUUCCUACAGCCUGACCAACCGCUACCGCCCGCGCCUCGAGGCGUGCCGCGCCGCCGGCGUCGACGCGAAACGCGUCCUCUCGUACGCCACGAACUCGGAUGAAAUCUUCUGCAAGCACACGGGCAUAGAUCCCGAGGACCUCACGGCGAUCCGCGAGAGCCAAACGCUCAUCCUCAACGACUUCUCGGCCGCGCGCGUCGUGCCGUGCGAGACGGGCGGCAAAGAGCUCGUCGCGUCCGGCGCUUUCCCGGCGGGCGCCGUAUUGUUUCGCUUCGCCGGCGAGCUGAGCCCGGUCAACAUCGGCGACCGGUCGCUGCAGGUCGGCCGCGCGGCGCACCUGCUGUCGGUGCCGCCGGAGGAGCCCUGGGUUUAUUUGAACCACUCGUUCGAGCCAACGGUCUCACUGAUUGUGGACCCGAUCACGCCCGUCGCCACGGCGCGGACCACGGAGGACUUGGUCGACGGCGCGGCGCUCACGAUCGACUACACGCUCCACGAGUGGGAGAUGAGUGGUGACGGCUUCGUCUGCAGCGAGUCCGGCCGACGCGUCCGCGGCUUCAAGCAUCUCACGGCGAGCGAGCGGGAGGCGGCGCUGCCCCGCGCGGCGCCGCACAUCCGGGAGAUGCACCUCGCCGCGGCGGAAGACUAA